AUGGAUACCUCAAUCUUCCAUGAUGAUUAUGAAUGUAGUCAUAGAGUACUCGCUCCACUAUCAUUUUCAAUCAUUUUAGGGCAUGGAAAGAGGAUCGUUAUGAUUUGGGCUUUGACUAAUAUUGCUUCGGGGACAUCUGAACACACAAAAGUGGUGAUUGAUCAUGGUGUUGUUCCAAUAUUUGUGAAGCUUCUUGCAUCUCCAAGUGAUGAUGCUGUAUGGGCUUUAGGAAAUGUUGCUGGUGAUUCCCCUAAAUGUCGUGACCUUGUACUUGCACAAGGUGCUUUGAUUCUUCUACUAUCUCAAUUAAACGAGCAUGAUAAGUUAUCCAUGUUGCGAAAUGCCACAUGGACACUUUCAAAUUUUUGCAGAGGCAAACCACAGCCUUCUUUUAGUCAGACAAAACCUGCACUUCCAGCUUUACAGCAACUUAUUCAUUCAAACGAUGAAGAAUUUUUGACAGAUGCUUGUUGGGCUCUUUCAUAUCUUUCAGAUGGCACAAACUAUAAAAUCCAAGCUGUUAUUGAAGCAAAUGUGGAAAUGGUUGUUAAAAAGAGUAAGCUCAAGCUCAAAAAGCCACAUGAUAAUAACACCUUAGACCCUCCAACAGCGAACUACAUUUUUAAAACCUUGAUUUUAGCCCUUGAAUCUCACGAGGAUUUGUUGCAUCCUCUUCCACCACCUGAGAAAAGAAAGGAUGAUAUACUUAUUUUCUUCAAGCUUUAUGAUCCCGUGAAGGAAGAACUCAGUGUUUAUCUGGUAGUCCUAUGGGCAGUAGCCAUCAUCCAUCCGCCAGUGAUAGCCUAUCCAAACCCCGGCCACCUAUAA